AGGAUGAGAUAAGAAGAAAGUCCCAAAUACUGAUAACUCUUGAAAAGCGUCACGUGACGUAACCACGUGCCAUGUAUUGGAAGCUAUGUGUUGCUCUUCUGUUAUCUCUAACUCAAGUAUCUCACCUUAAAUACGUGUCCUCUGUCCUGAACGCAAACUGGCGUGGAACUCCUCUCUUUCUAGAAACCAGUGAGUUCUUUGCCGAGGAAGACAGCGCUUUGUUUUUCAAGUUUGCUGAAGAGUUCGGAGGCGAUGAAAGUAGCUCCUCAGAAAAAGAUGACUACGAAGAGCUGAUAGAAGCUGCAUCUGAGAUGUUACCUACUGUAUCGGUUUCACUUCUCAAGCUGUCAUUAUCUCUCAGGCAGUACUCUCCAAGGCUGGAUAUGUUUAAUAAGAUAGCAGAGUCAGUUGUUGGAAAUCUGGGCUGCAACAUAUUCCUCCAGAUAGCCACCAAACCUCACUGUUGGACCUCAGACUCUGAACAGCUAAUAUCAUCCUCAUCCUCCAAAGAUCGUGUUAAACUUAUAAAAUACGAUCAUGUAUACCGAGACAAUCCAGAACUAACUCAAGUUAUACUAUACUGUGAUAUAAGAAAGUACCAGUGUCAUGAGCGACACAUGAAGCUCAUCAGGCUGGCCGAUCUAGGUCAGAUAAGUUACGUGUUCCGACAUAAUUACGAGCCAGGAGCUGGAAAGGUUCAACUAUCUGGGUAUGGUGUUGAACUCGCUGUUAAAAGUACAGAGUAUAACGUUGUUGAUGAUACGGUUGUAACUGAGGAAAACAAAGAGGGUUUGAAGAGUGGUGAGGAGGAGGAGGAAGUGGAUGGUUUCAGGUUUGGGUAUUUGAAACAGAAAUAUCCUGAUAAGGUGGACGAUUUGAAUAAAUUCAAGGAAUUUCUCACUGACAGCAAGAAUGCCAUGUUGCCACUUAAAGCAUGGGAAAUUGCUGAUCUAGGUUACCAAGCUGCACAGAAAGUGGUAAGUGCUGCUGCUGGAGAAAGUCUUUCCGUCCUCUCCAAAUACUCUCAAAAUCUGCCCUCACUUGCUCGGUCACUCAGCAGAACAGUCGUCAAACCUGAACUCAAAACGGAAGUAAAACAGAAUCAGAAAAUACUGGAGAGGUACGGAGUGCAGCCCGGCAGCAGUGUGUUACUUCUUAACGGCAUGUUAAUUGAUCUAGAAGGUGCAGAUCCUUUCACGUUGCUGAAAAAACUCCGCUCUGAAGCCAAGACAGUAGGUGGAUUAUCCUCACUAGACAUAUCAUUCUCCGAUAUCAACCAACUCCUCAAGUCAGACCUCUUCAAACACACUACCAAAUAUGGUGUUGAUAUGAGGGACGAUGCUGUGCUGUACAUUAACGACCUAGAGAAGGACCCCCAAUACGCGCACUGGCCGGGUCAACUACACGAACUACUCCGACCUUCCUACCCCGGAAUGUUAAAACAACUCCGCAGGAACCUUUACAACGUGGCCUUCCUACUCAGACCCGGUCACCCUUCCUGCCAGAUACUGGUUAAUCUUAUCGCUGCCUUGCUGGAAAACAAUGCUCCUGUUAGGAUAGGUCUGAUAUUUACCUCGGAUUCAGAGGAGAGUGCAAGUAACAUUGACUCCGUCAUCCCCGCGAUGAUAAACAAGAUCAUGGAGACAAAGGGACGGGUAGCUGUCGGUGAAUUCCUUGUCGAGCUAACUGACGACGGACUGACACUUGACAACGCCCGAUCUGAGUUUAGUGAUCUACUGGGACUGCAGGUCACAGAUGAGUUUGUCUCAGAAAAUAACCCCCUGGUUGUGGCGGGAAACCAACUCCUUCUAUCCUCAGGGUUAGCUGCCCCGUCAAUGGUAGUAAACGGCGUGGUGCUGGACGACCUAACCUCAGCUGAGGAAACUCUUCUAGAAACCCUGCAAGCUCAACUACCUAAACUACAGCGUGCAGUAUAUUUGGGGGAGGUCAAUGAUAAGACAAACAUUUUAGAUUGGUACAUGCAAGACGCCAGUAUCCUACCCAGGCACAACCCUCAGAUAAUGGACCCUAAAGCUUACACCUUACCCUUGGCUGAUCUAGACAAAUCUGGCCCCCAAUAUACUGAUCUAGACGAGACAUUAAAGGAGAGUAAUUGGCUGGGUGCCGAGAAAGCCCCCGUUUCCAUGGUUAUAGUAGGUGAUUACGAGUCAUCUCAAGGAAAACAGCUCCUUCUUUCAACUCUUCUAUCUGUUGAAAAGUUACAGCAGAGUAGGUUCACCCUCCUCUUUACCUCUGAUACAGACAUGAACUACAGAGUGUGGUCAGUACUACAGAACACGCCCUCUGACAAGGUAGUGGUGACAAUGAGGGCUGUAUUGCUAGGUGAUCACGUGGAGUUGGAAGAGAGAUCACGUGACGACUUUUCUGAGAUAGUCAAGAAGCACUCAGCAGUCGCCCACGUGGUACUACACGUGACCCAUGGCAACACUGCAGUCCUGUGUAAUGGUCGCGUAGUAACGCCUCUACAUCGCGCCUCUUCGGAAGACUUACAGCUGAUUGAGACCUUGGAGCUGAGGAGUGGCGCAGAGAAGUUGAAGGAGAUAAUGACUGGAUACAGCAGUGACGUGGUGAUGAGAGCCGCCUCCCUACUGAGGCGACAGGAGCCUGUAAAGAGGAUAUCUUUCCCUGAACUGAAAGUGGAACACUCGGCUGCUAUCGUACCGGGAGAUGGUCCCUUCCAGGUAGAAGCAGUGUUAGACCCCCUGAGUGCUGGAGCACAGCAGAUAUCCCAAAUACUGCACGUGCUUCACUCCGCUGGCCUCAUCACUCUCAGGAUAUUCCUUAACCCCAUAGAUAAGCUGUCUGAGAUACCGGUUAAAAGGUUUUACCGGUACGUGCUGGAACCUGAACUACGUUUUAAUGGAGAUGGCAACAUAGCAGAUACAGGCAGCAGGUUUACAGAUCUCCUGCCCCACCUCCUCCUAACUAUGUCCCUGUCCACUCCUAUAAACUGGAUGGUGGCUAGUACCCAUAGCCCGUACGAUCUGGAUAACAUCCGUCUCAACGAUGUGGAAAAAGGUGUUUACGCUGAGUAUACACUAGAAUACCUGGUAAUAGAAGGCCACAGUCACGACCCCACCAGAUACAAUAACCCUACCAAGGGGCUCCAGUACGACCUGACGUCCGGGGACACUUCACACGAUACCAUCGUUAUGGCUAAUCUGGGAUACUUCCAGCUAAAAGCAGGGCCAGGUCUGUGGACCUUGUCUCUGAGAGACGGUCCCAGCAAGGAGAUCUACCAGAUAACAGGAGUAGAAGGACCUGGUGACCUGGAGGGGGAGGGACAGGUUCUCGUCACUGUCGGGGAUCUUACUAGCACUUUUAUUACUGUCGAGGCGUCAAAGAAAGAAGGAAUGGCUCAAAGGUCCAUAUCUGCAGAGAAUGAAUCUCAAAAUGACGAUAAUUCUGAAAGCUCCGGCAUAUGGAGUUCUAUUAAAAACAUCGUGGGAAGUAACGCAAAAGAAGAAGGCAGUACAGUACACGAGACGAUACAUAUCUUCUCUGUGGCUUCCGGGCAUUUGUACGAGAGGAUGUUAGGAGUGAUGAUGCAGUCUGUACUGGCUAAUACAAAGAACCCUGUAAAGUUCUGGUUCCUGAAGAACUUCCUGUCUCCCAAGUUCAUCACUUCCGUCCCCACCAUUGCUAAGGAACUGGGAUGCGAGAUCGAGUUUGUCCAGUACCAGUGGCCCAGUUGGUUGAACGCUCAAACAGAGAAACAGAGAAUAAUUUGGGGCUACAAGAUCCUUUUCCUUGAUGUACUCUUCCCAAUGUCUCUCAAGAAAAUCAUAUUUGUUGACGCUGAUCAGAUAGUAAGAGCUGACAUGAAGGAACUGAUAGACCUGGAUUUGAAGGGGGCUCCUUACGGUUAUACUCCUUUCUGUGAUGACAGACCGGAAAUGGACGGGUUCAGAUUCUGGAAGCAAGGGUACUGGAGGAACCACCUAAUGGGUAGAUCCUACCACAUCAGUGCUCUGUAUGUUGUGGACCUUCAGAAGUUCCGACUGAUCAGUGCCGGUGACAGGCUGCGUGGACAGUACCAGGGACUCAGUCAAGAUCCGAACAGUUUAGCGAACCUGGACCAGGACUUGCCCAACAACAUGAUACACCACGUCCCCAUCUUCUCACUACCUCAAGAGUGGCUCUGGUGCGAGACUUGGUGCUCCGACUCCAGCAAAGCAAACGCUAAAACAAUCGAUCUGUGCAACAAUCCCCAAACGAAAGAACCAAAACUUGACCGAGCUAGGAGAAUCGCUCCUGAAUGGGUAGAAUAUGAUACUAAACUUAGGAGGAUUUUAGACAAAGUAGUCGUCGAAAGUAGCGAAAAGUCCAAGCAAGAGAGUUCUAGUCAGUCACGCUCCAGCUCACAUUCAGAAUUAUAAAUUAAUUUAGGUUAGGUCACGUUAAAUUUAAUGGGGUAUUACUAAAAUAGCGGCCUCUGUUAGAUAAUUCUUAUGAAUUGCAGCUACGAUUACAAUUAACAGAUUGCUGUUUUAAUUAAUUCAUAUUUUAACCUAGGUUCCUGUAAUUAUGGGUUUAAUAUUUUACUUUGUUGUGUACAAAUAAAGGGCCUGAAGGAAAGGAUUAGUGCUUGCUCCAUUGCUAACUUGUUUCAUAAUAACUCUGCGCGAUAACGUUGUAUUGGAUCUACUAUUCUAUAUGAUAAAUUGAUAAGACUCUAUUUUCUAAUGAUCUUUCCAUCAAUUGUAUCAACUAAUGGUGUUUAAAAUAACUGCUAAUUAGCUAAUUCCGUGUUAACUAGUUAUCAUAAUCAUUACUAUAAAUUCAUUGUAUCACUCGAGAAUAAAUACGUUCAAUUGAUAAUAUGUUUAUGACUGCGUUGAAUGUUUUGGGUUUGAAUAGAUUGAUGAUAAUAGAAUGCUAUACAUUUUUAAAGUUUAUUUUCCCACUGUUUUAUCUAACUUCGAAUCAUCAGAAUCUGAUA